CGUGGGAGACGCAGGGCGCGGGGCCGCGCCUGUGGUGGCGCGUGGGGGGUUCCCCAGCGCGGGGUGCGGGCCCCGGCUUCUCCCAUGAGUUGGCGGCGCCUGUGCAGCGUGGCGGUGGCGGCCAUGACGGGACCAAGACCGGUAGUUCUGAGUGGCCCAUCGGGUGCAGGGAAAAGCACUUUGUUAAAAAUGCUCCUUAAAGACUACAGCAAUGUCUUCGGCUUCAGUGUCUCUCAUACGACAAGGCAACCAAGAGUCGGAGAAGUGAAUGGCAAAGAGUACCACUUUGUGACCAGAGAACAAAUGCAGAAAGAAAUUGAUGCUGGUGAAUUCAUUGAGCAUGCGGAGUUCUCUGGAAACAUGUAUGGAACAAGUAAAGCUGCAGUGCAGGCCGUGCAGGCACAGAACCAGAUCUGCAUCCUGGAUAUCGACUUGCAGGGCGUCAAGAACAUUAAGAAAACUGACCUGAAGCCGAUCUACAUCUCCGUCCAGGCUCCAUCCAUAGAAGUCUUGGAAAAGAGACUGCGUGACAGACGGACGGAGUCUGAAGAGAGUCUACAGAGGCGGCUGAACACAGCUCGCGUAGACAUGGAACUUAGUAAUGAACCUGGCCUUUUUGAUCUGAUCAUCAUCAAUAAUGAUCUACAAAAAGCCUAUUCUGAACUGAAGGAGAUUCUUGCAGAGGAAAUCCAGAAGGUCCAAGAAACCAAGAAGUCCUGAGUUCAGUCUGCUUGGCCGCCAUUCCUAACGUGCUUCACAGCAUUCUGUUCCAAGAGAGACAUUCCCUUUAGCCUGAUCCCUUUCUGAGUUACUACGACAUUUAUAGUAAAAAAAACAAAAAGCAAAAACAACUUUAUAUUUAUAUUAGCUGGGGCUUCUGCCACUUUGUGUGCGCAUGCCAAAGCGUCCAGGGCUCUUCUAGGAUUGCAUGGAGAUUUCAGGCAGAUAAUCUGAAAGUCCCUGUACUGUAUUUCCUGAGCAGAAUUAUUCUGAAUUCAUUUGUAUAGCUUGAUCAUACAUACAGCUCAUGCUGACACAAUCAGUGCAUGUAGCGUGUGAAACUGUAAGCAGUAGUCUCCUCCAUAGCAUUUUUGGUGGAUACUCCCUUCCCAUCCCUGGGUUGACUGCACCAGAUGCCACCUGCAAAGGGAAACUGCUUAGUAUGACCUGACUUGACCUUCCUCCUACAGACAAAUGGGUUAAAGUGUGCAGUGGCGUCAACUGGCCUGAAGUGAUCAACUGAGAGAAGAGAUGGGCUGAAAACAAACUCAGAGAGAGGACGGUGCUAAUGCUGGUAACCCCCCAACCUCCCAUGUUCCACUGAGCAUUGAAAGCUCCCACUAUUUCCCUUUUGUCUUCCCAUUAGGCCAGUGGCUGGAGCCACUGCUCCUUUGAAUGGUUGAUUGACAUUCUCAGCGAGUCUCUCUGCUUGAUCUCGAUGCUGCUGCUGGCUAGGGCUCCUUUCAGCAGGGCUUGGGUUGCUCCAAACCUCAGUCCUCGUGCCCAGGACCUAGUCAGGUGAACUGUUGGGGUUGCUUGAAAAAAUUGGAGACCUGCUUAAUCUACCAAGAAAUAAAAUCAUGUCCUGACUUCUUCUGGCUCAAAGGAGUUCCUAGGGGAGCAAUUGUUCUGCGCUUGCCUGCCAUGAAAGACUGUGGGGUAUGGUCAUAUAUCUUGUUCGGAAUAAAUGCAGCAGUGGAAAAGUUUGGGUGUUCUCAAGUUCAACUCUUUGGGGAAUUUCUUUCCAGGUUGUGCAGCACUUUUAUUUCUGGAAGAAAAGUAAAGUGCCCCCUUUUAAUGUCAAAACAGUUUCUGAGACCUCUCUGCCUUUGAAACUUCAGGGUUUCCCUUCAAAUUGAACAUCCUAGAACCAGCUUAAUUCUGAAAGAGCCAAACCAUUUUACACCUUUUCUCCUUGAUGGUUUUCCAAAAGGAAGAGUCGUGGUUGCACCUACCAUUCCCCAGAUUAUCCCCCUUCUCCGCUACUGCCUACACCCAUACCAUGAAUGGUAGAAUAGUAACGUUCUUUUAAUGUCCAUUUCCUCACCAAAAUUGCAUGUGAUCUGACAGCAAUGUUCAAAGCUGAAGCUUGGCUCAGUCUCGUUUCUGGGAGGCUGUUCAUUAAUUCCAAAGUUUUCCCUCUCAGGCUCAUCCCAACAUGGAUUGGGGUGGAAUUUUAAAUGGCACGUGGCACCAAAAUAAUUAGCAAUAUCAUCUGUGCUGGGCCCUAACAACUCAAACUGUUAAGAGGAACAGUGAGGACUGAAAUCCUGCUUUCCUGUCAUUGCCCUGAAUCUGCAGUCAGAAGAGCUCUGCGUCUUAACUGAGUGAUCUCUGUAUUCCAGAAGAACUGUGUGUGUUUUAGGAGGGGAAUUUCUCACUUAUGAAAUAAUGCAGCAUGGAGGGUUCGGGAUAAUGAGGUGGUAGUAAAAACACAUGAGCACUGACUACCCUAAUGCUCCUAUGAGUGAUGAAUUAAAGGUUUUGUUUAUUUACUUUUA